GUUCGCGGAAUACGCGCGACUGGGUCGAAUUUUCGCCACGUAACGAUAAAAUUAAAGCGAAACGGUGUCACUUAAUCACAGUGGUGAAUGAAAACAUAGCAUAUUAAUCGUGAUAACCCUGGAAACGCUGCGUUUGGUCGCUGCAAAGUUGUAAAUGGUCAUUGGCACUGGUUUGCUGGAGCUGCUGUUGAAACAUUGUGUAUCCGCAGUGAAUUCACAUCACCUCGUCCUUUUUCACCUAUUACCACAGGUGGAGCAUGAGUGUGGGGUCGAAGGUCUGUUGUGAUGCGUGCUAUUGGCUGUAGGAUGAACCUGCCAGCACUGCUGAAUGGCCUGCUGGUGUCAGUGGUUGCAGCCUUGCUCUGGAAGUACGUUCGCCUGAUUGAACACACGUCACAGCUGGAAGAGGAGCUACAUCUCACACGGCAAUCACAGGAGUUCUCACAGGUGCGUAUCGACUACCACAGUGCCCUGUUAGCACUCCAAGAGCAUGGCACGAGAAUGGUCUGCACUGGCAAGAUGCACACCGACCGCAUCUGCCGCUUUGACUACCUCUGCUACUGCACGGAGGCAGAGGAGUUUGUGUUCUUCCACAGUAAUGCCUCUGUCAUGCUGCCCAACCUUGGCCCUCGACGUUUCCAGCCCGCCCUUCUAGACCUCUCCUCUGUGGAGGACCACAACACUCAGUACUUCAACUUUCUGGAGCUCCCAGCAGCAGCUCUGAAGUUCAUGCCAAAGCCUGUGUUCGUGCCAGACGUCACUCUGAUUAUGAACCGCUUCAACCCUGAUAACCUCAUGCACAUCUUCCAUGAUGAUCUUCUUCCCAUUUACUACACCAUGCAGCAGUAUUCGGACUUGGAUGAUGAGGCCAGGCUUGUCUUCAUGGAGGGCUGGGGUGAGGGAGCUCACUUUGAUCUCUACCGCUUGAUGAGCAGUAAGCAACCACUACUCAAGGAGCAACUGAAAGCCUUUGGCAAACUCAUGUGCUUCACAAAGUCCUAUGUUGGAUUGUCAAAAAUAACAACAUGGUACCAAUAUGGCUUUGUGCAACCGCAAGGACCCAAAGCCAACAUUCUGAUUUCAGGUAAUGAGAUUCGUCAAUUUGCUUCAUUUUUGAUGGAGAGGCUUAACACCACGAGAGAGGAGAAGAUGGCGGACGAUGAUUACAUCGUAGUUUUUAAACGUACUACUAACAGGCUCAUCCUCAAUGAGGCAGAACUUAUUCUGGCUUUAGCCCAAGAGUUUCAGAUGAGGACUGUCACUGUGUCUUUGGAGGAACAGUCAUUUGAUAGGAUUAUCCAAAUGAUUAGUGGGGCAUCUAUGUUGGUCAGCAUGCACGGAGCCCAGAUGAUCACCUCCAUGUUCUUGCCCCGUGGUGCAGCUGUAGUUGAGCUCUUCCCAUUUGCAAUAAACCCGGAGCAGUACACACCCUACAAAACCUUGGCCUCCUUACCUGGCAUGGACCUACAAUACAUUGCAUGGAGGAAUUCUGUAGAAGAGAACACUUUUACAUUUCCUGAUCGCCCCUGGGACCAGGGUGGCAUCAUCCACUUAGAGAAAGAGGAACAAGAACGUAUCCUCGCCAGCAAGGAGGUGCCAAGACAUCUCUGUUGCCAUAAUCCAGAGUGGCUUUUUCGCAUUUACCAAGACACUACUGUGGACAUUCCCUCUUUUCUGGAUGUACUCAGAGAGGCUCUAAAAACCAAGCCUAAUCUCAAGAAGGCCAAAGUGGCUAGCACAGUACAUCCUGGUCGGGUCAGAGAGCCCAAGUGCCAAACAUCAGUACAGGCCACCAAUGAAGCAAAGCUCUCAGUAUCAUGGCAGAUCCCUUGGAACCUGAAGUACCUGAAAGUUAAAGACGUGAAAUAUGAGGUUUGGAUCCAGGAGCAGGGAGAGAACACAUAUAUGCCUUACAUCCUUCCCCAUCAGAACUACACCUUUUCAGAGAACAUCAAACCCUUUACCACUUAUCUAGUAUGGGUGCGCUGUAUUUUUAAUAAGAACCUCCUUGGCCCAUUUGCAGAUGUUCUUAUAUGUAAAACCUGAUUCAGUUAGCAGAACUCAAACGUUACAUUGUUGUUAAUAUAGCCAUUGGAGAAAUAUUUUUAGGAUUAUUUAUCUUGAGCUAUCCUGAGGAUGAUAUAGUGUGACAUAGGUGAUUUUUCAACCUCUGUGUUUUUCACUUGAUUGUUCUUCACAGUCCUUAUGGAGAGUCAGAGAAAAGUAAGAAAGUGGACUGCAAUGAAGAUUAGAAGGGAAUAGAAUCUACAGAACUGCCAAUCCAUUUAGAUUAAGAUCACCAACCAAGAAAAGUUCUCACUGGCUUUAUUUAUUUAGAAAUGUAGUGUAUUAUGUAAUUCAAAUUUGUAUUUAUAAUUCCAAGGCACUGAUUUUGGCUGACUCCUGACUCUGUUUGUUGACAGAAAUACUGUGAACUUUGACAUAUUUUCUGUGACUCAGUUGACUUGAACUGGAUUGUAUGUGACUGUGAGUGUACCCUCUACUUCUCAAGGUUUUGUGUUAUUUUGUUGGUGUUGUUUUUUUAUUUAUAUAUUUGGAUUAGGAAAUAUAGAGUGAAGUAAUUGCAAGUUAUUCAGUACAAGAAAAAAAGAAUGUCAAUUUGUAGAUAUACAUACUGAUGGGCUGCAUAUAGAUAGAUUUAUUACUUUUUUAAUCCAACCAGCCUCAAAACCACUAAUAUUUAUUUAUCAGAUUAAAAGAGAAUAUUUAUAAUUAUUAGCCUAUGAGGUAUUUCAUGUUCAUAAGGUUAAUACAGUAGGUGUGCAUCACAUGUGUUGUAUUCAUUGAAUGUGUGAAUUCAGUAGAUCUAUGAUGAUUGGGAUGAAGUUGCUGAGAUAUUGUGUUUGGAAAUCAUUUUGGUUAUUUUGGUGGCAUGUCAAUAAUGAGCUGUAUACAGAGUAUUUUGGUGCAAUGAUAGUAUGGAUGAUGGUAGCAGUGUAGUGAUUACAGAUCUUGGCUGGUAAUGCUAAGGAAUUAGAUUCCAACCUAGUACAAACUGUAGAGUUUUUGAGUUGUACUAGUUUCGGUUAAAAACAUUUGCUAAAUGUCAACUAAAGCUGUAACAAUACUUGGAAAAAACCCUCUAUGACUGCAUAAGACUUACAGAAUGCAAAAUUGAAGAUGUUUACUGAGUAGUUGUUUCGUAAACAAACCACUGUUGAAAUGUGCUUCUUAUGUCCUGUCAUUAAAAAAAAUAUUGAACAUACAAUAUCUAUAUUGCAGACUGCUCUUGUGGAGGACCAUGCACCAAUUUCUGUUGCUAAAGAUAUUGUCCAUGUCCUUUAUAUGUCUUAUCUGCACAAAGACCAGCUUUGUUGUGCAGGUUUAUGGAUUAUUAAGAUGGAAAAAAUGUACUUUAUCUCUGCAAAUUAUUUAUUGAAGACGUCUCUGGAAUGCUAUACAUACUUCAGCCCAGAUUUGUCAAGGGUUCCACUGUGCGUUUGAAAUUUUACUUCAAAUUCAACAACCAGUCACAUGCCUUUUUUUUUUUUUUUUUUUCAUCUAUAUGGCCUCUCAGGUCAUAUGUAUUGAGGUUAUAGUUUCAGUCUGUCCAUCGCUUUCUGAACAUUCUACUUGAAAUGAAAAUCAAUUGAAUUGAUGCUUAAGUAGAUUAAACCAAGAACAUUUCUAAUUUAAAUUUGCAAACCUCAGCCAUGCUUUUUAUUAGCAUAACUCUGUUUUGAUGGUAAUUUUAUUCAUGUUAAGUAUGCACAUAAUAAAUUAAUUGCUUGUAAUACAAAAUAGCAGAAAUGGCUUGCGCAUAUAAUCAGAGAGAGAAAUUAUCUAGCAUCAUAUUUGAAGUACUGUAUCAUAAUUUCACUCUGAGUUAAGAAUAGAUUGGUCAUGGUUGUAAUCUUUUCUGUUUCACAGUCUCUCAUUUCAGUCAUUAGAAUGUAGUUUAAACAUAGAAAGGUAAAGAUGUAUGUAGAAUGUGUGGCUGUAGUCUUCAUUACUCUUGUAAACUUUCCCUCUGCCAGUUGAUGAGAUUUGCCAUUAUGUGCCACUGGAAUGUCAUAAAUCAUUUUUUUAUCACUUUUUAAAUGUGCAAUUCCUCAGAUGUCUUUGUGUUGUCUUGCCGCAAUUCUUUACGAGACUCAAUGCUAACAUCAUCAUUUAUCAUUAUUGUUAUUAUCUAAAGUUAACAAAUUCAAAUGUAUUUUCUUUUGUUUAUUUAAUGUCAUGUUAUUUAUUUUUAUUUAAUUAUUUCUGAACAUUGCAGAAGUGCUGAGUUCCAUAUCUUGACUUGAUCGUCUUGUUAGCAACUUAUUACUCCAACGGUCAUAAUUGAAAAAAUAAA